GAGCGCGCGGCGCGUGCACCGCUGAUCAGAGUCAGAACCAUCCUCUUACUCUUCAUCAUCCACCUCUUCAUCAUCCUCAUCAUGUCCACGGCGGAACACGCGCUCAUGCACGGCUUGUGGAGCAGCAGCGGGAAGCCCAUGGAGAAGCCGAAGAACAAGGGCUUCAGCCUGGCCAAGAUGAUGAAGCUGGGCUGCAGGAAGGAGAAGAAGAACCAGAACCCGCAGCACCACAACAACAUGCCCUUCAUGAUCCACUGCCACAUCGGCAAGGAGAUCAAGCACAUCUGCAGCAACUGCAGCCGCGCGCAGGACGUGGAGGAGGUUCCCCCGCCGGUGUCUCUGCUGCCCGUCUGUCCUCCUCCUCCUCUGGCCGCAGCUCUCUCUCAGCACCGCAGCAGCAGCAGGUUCUCCAGUCUGGGACGCCUCUUCAAACCCUGGAAGUGGAGGAAGAAGAAGAGCGAGAACUUCAAGCUGAGGGCCACAGCUCUGGAGAGGAAGAUGUCAGUGCGUCAGACUCGAGACGAGCUGAUCAAGCGAGGAGUGCUGAAGGAGAUCUUCCAGAAAGACUCCAGGGUCCCGGUGCUGACGGUGGAUGGCCGGCUGGAGAAGGGGCUGAUAUCAGACAGGACAGACUGUGAGCGGACGGCGGAGAUCACUGAGCGACAGAGAAGCGCUGCUGUGGACUUCCGGUCACCUCUGGAUGGUGGAGUUUGUGCUCAGGACAACAACACGCUCAAGUCUCUCACGCUUCCGCCCAAGAAAACAGUCACGUUCCCCGGUGACCUUCAGGAAACGCCCGCCAAACCUCAGCUCAUCCACAAACAGCGCCCCGCCCUGCCGCCCAAACCCUUCUCCAGACUGACCAAUCACAGCGCAGACUUGUGUCUACAGGGAAGGCUGUCUCCUCCUCUACCUCCUAAGAAGGUGAUGCUGUAUGUGCCGGCUGUGUCCUCAUCUCCCCUGUCGUUCCCUCAGAAGACGCCUGCGCUGCUGCAGUACAAGCACCCGCUGCAGUUGCAGUAUGGCUCCACCCACCCGUCCAGCCGCAUCAUCGACGAGCUCCAGAAAACACUGGCGCUCAGCAUGCAGAGGCUGGAGAGCUCUGCUCUUCACACUGGUCAGUACAGCGGUGCAGUGGUCAACUGUGAUGAAGAUGAAGAUAAAGAGAACAUCCCUGACGAGUCUGACUAUGAGGAUCUGCCCAGCCUAUACAGAGAUGAAGAGCAGGAGGAGGAAGAGGAGGAGGAGGAGGAGGAUUCACUGUUCUCCAGUACACUGGCGCUGAAGGUGUUGCGUGCGGACUCUCUGGCGGUGAAGUUGAGCAACAGGCCGUCUCAGAGAGAGCUGCAGGAGAAAAACAUCUUACCUGUUCAGACAGAUGAGGAGCGUCUGCAGUCCAGACAGAUGAUCGGCAGCAAACUCACACGGAGACUGAGCCAGAGACCCACAGUUGAAGAGCUGGAGCAGAGGAACAUCCUCAAACCUCGUAAUGAACUGGAGCAGAUGGAGGAGAAGAGAGAGAUCAGACGCAAACUCUCACGCAAGCUCAGUCAGAGGCCUACAGUAGAGGAGUUGCGACAAGCGAAGAUUCUGAUCCGCUUCAGUGAUUAUGUGGAGGUUUCAGACGCUCAGGAUUACGACAGACGCACAGACAAACCCUGGACCAGACUAACGGCGGCCGACAAGGCGGCCAUCAGAAAAGAGCUGAACGACUUCAAGAGCAAUGAGAUGGAGGUUCACGAGUCCAGCAGACAUCUGACCAGGUUCCACAGGCCGUAGCACUGCCGUCUGGAGGACUGAAUCGGUCAAAUACACACACAUGAACAGAGAUGGACUGACCGUCACUCAGGAUGACCAGCAGCUCUGCUUUCACACGUUUACAGACUCUCUCACACUUCAUCUGCGUUUACACACACACACACACACACACGUUCAUUGUGAGAUUCGCAAGGGUUUCCUUCAGCGUUCACAUCGACAGCAAACUGUGAAUUCAUCAAGAGUCAUUUGAUUCAGACGUUUGGUUUAGAUGUUUCGUGAGAUCAUCAAGAGUCAAUUUGAUUCAUGUUUUGUGUGUUUGAGAGUCAUUUGAUUCAGAGCCGUUUGAUUCAGAUGUUUUGACAGUUCAUCG